AUGACUUCUCGUGAAGUUCAUUGUGUAAAAAGUCGCAUCGCACCAAAUACUUUGGUCAGUGCACUAAAGGUGGAAGAAACAUCCAAAGAAUGGAAACUAGAGCCUGAACAUGAAUUUCGCUUUGAGGUGGAUUUUGGCACUACAGUGAAAUUAAAGCUGAUUUCUGGUACGGCGGAGAUAUAUGGCACAGAAAUCGGUAUAGGGCCAGAAUAUGAAUUUUCAGGUCGCAAAAUUGCGAUAUUUACGUGGCAUGGAACUUGUAGUGUAGAAUAUGUCGCUAAUGAAACACCAAUGACCAGUUAUCUCAAUAUGCAUCUGGCACUAGAACAACGCAGAGAAGCAGCCAAAGCCAAAGGUGAACAGGGACCAAGGGUAAUGAUAGUAGGACCUGAGGAUGUGGGUAAAACUUCGUUGAGUAAGAUAUUACUUGCUUAUACGCUGCGCCAAAGCAGACAACCCAUAUUUGUUGACCUUGAUGGUUCUAUUACAAUGCCCGGUACUUUGACUGCGACCCCGAUUAAUCAAAUAAUAGACGUUGAAGAGGGAUUUGGUUCUUCGGCGACAACUUCACCAUCGUUAGGAUCUUCAAUGCUUCCAAUAGUUUAUUAUUAUGGGUAUUCUGAUCCAGGAGAAAAUGUCAAGCUUUAUAAAGUACUAACGGCAAAAUUAGCGCAAUCUGUCAAGCGCCGUAUAGCCGAGGAUGAGGAUGCUAGAAUUUCGGGUAUGAUGAUAGACACUAGUGGUCUUAUAGACAGUACAGGUUAUGAGAUUAUUCAACAUUGCGUAGUUGAUAGAGGAAAAGUUUUUCGUCGUCAGGUUCAAAUGCGCAAGAUUCGAGAAUAUUUUUAUGGUUUGCCUAAAUUUGAGUUAUCGCCUUGUUCAACAUUGAUCAAUUUAAACGAUAUAACUAUAUAUCGAGUAGGAGUUGGAUCAUUGGCACCUUCGUCUGCCUUGCCAAUCGGGAUCGACAGGAAAGUCAGUGAGACUCAAUUAGUAAAAGUGGAGCCUGAUGAUACUAUACGUCAUUCCAUUUUAGCACUUACUGCUGCUAAUAGUCCGGAUGAACAAACAUUACUGGAAUCUAAUAUUAUCGGCUUUAUAUACGUUUCAGAGGUUGAUAUGGUCAAACAAAAGAUGACUAUUUUGACACCGUGUCCCGGUCGUCUACCUAAGCAAUACUUGAUAAUGGGUUCAUAUAAAUGGAUGGAAAGUUGA